UACGAUUUGGGAUGCUAGAGUUAUGUCAGAAAAAUAAUUGUAUUGGUGAUAAACCAAUUGGAUAUAAUAUUUAAAAUGAAUCACGAGGAGAUAAAAUCUGUGGUACAGGAAAAGUUUCUAUCGAGUGAACGAGUAACAGCAUUUCUAUGCGAUGCAAAAGUGCUCCACCCGGAAUGGGUAAAAAAGGACAGGCUCUUAGCAAUCGUGGAAUAUGGAGAUGAGAAAGCUGUUUUUUGUUUAUUUACGUCAUGUUACCCACCGAAAUCCUUCACUGACUUAUCUAUAGAAAUAGUACUGCCAAUUGACAAUAGUUUUAAGUGUGAAAUAGACAACAAACCUUCAGAUCCUGAGGCAAUUUUGUACCUGAAUUUACAGUCACGUAAUAAUAAAUUUAAGUUUGAAAUCCAAAUGACUCCUCGCGUAGAUAACUUUGUGGAUGAUUUGUUUCGAGGUAUAGAAGCUGUUAACAAAGUACAUAUACAGCCCGAGUUUGUUUGGCUGAAAAAAUACAAUGGUAAAAAUGAAGAUGACAUCUUAGCUCAUAGCCUGGUCGUCCCACGGGGUGGCGUCACACAACCACAAGCUCCCGUAGCAAUCAGAGAGAGUCUCAUAAAGCGGAAAAUGUGUGAUAAAGAAUUUGAUUAUACAUUUACCAAAAAAUUUACAAUCUUCUGUGGGACUUGGAAUGUUAAUGAUAAAUCUCCUGUAAUACCACUUAAGGAUUGGUUAUGUGUAGAUAAAGAGCCUCCCGAUAUUUACGCAGUUGGUUUUCAAGAAUUAGAUCUCUCCAAGGAAACUUUUCUUUUUGAUCAAACACUUAGAGAAGAUGAAUGGUACCAUGCAGUUGUGACAUAUGUUGAUAAAAGAGCUAAAUAUGUUAAGGUAGAAAAAGUGAGGCUAGUGGGUAUGUUGCUGAUUGUCCUUAUCAAAGAGAAACACUAUUCUCAUGUCCGUAAUGUCAUUUGUGACACGGUUGGAACAGGUAUUAUGGGUAAAAUGGGAAACAAAGGUGGAGUGUCAAUAAGGUUUGACUUACAUAAUACCUCUAUAUGUUUCGUUAAUUCUCAUUUAGCUGCGCAUGUUGAAGAGUAUGAAAGAAGAAAUCAAGACUUCAGAGACAUUUGCAAUAGAACAAGGUUUGCACAGCUUAAUCAACAGCCAAAAGCAAUUAAAGAUCAUGACCACAUUUACUGGCUGGGAGAUCUUAAUUAUCGUAUCACUGAACUAGAUCCGCAAAGUGUUAAAAAGUUUGUCAGUGAAAAUAAUUUUGCACCUGUCUUGGAGUGGGAUCAGUUAAAACAACAGCAUAAGAAUAGUAAUGUAUUUGCCGGAUACUUAGAGGGCAUCAUUAACUUUAAACCAACUUACAAAUAUGAUCCAGGAACUGAUAAUUGGGAUUCAAGUGAGAAAAACCGUGCACCCGCUUGGUGUGAUAGAAUUUUUUGGAAGGGUGAAAACAUUACACAACUAGCUUACAGAAGUCAUCCAACAUUAAACAUAAGUGACCAUAAGCCUGUGUCCGCAAUAUUCACAUCAGAAAUCAAAAUAAUUGAUGAGGAAAAAUAUAGAAAAGUGUAUGAGGAAGUUAUAAAACAAUUAGAUAAACUUGAAAAUGAACUCAUACCACAAGUAAAGGUUGAUGUGACCGAAAUAGACUUUGGCACAGUUAGGUACUUAGAACUGCAAGUAAGAACAAUUAUAAUAAAGAACACUGGCAAAUUGCCUGUAGAGUUUGAAUUUAUCAAGAAACUUGAUGAAGCAAAUUUCUGCAAAGAAUGGCUUAUUGUUGAACCUUACAAAAAAUGUAUUUGUGCUGAUGAGUCAUGUGAAAUUCAACUUAAAGUACUUAUAAAUAAAACUUCAGCAUGUAAAAUGAACGCUGGAACUGACAAAUUGUAUGACAUUUUAGUUCUCCAUUUAUAUGGUGGGAAAGAUAUUUUCAUCACAGUAAAUGGAACCUACCAAAGAAGUUGCUUUGGAUGUUCAAUUGAAGUACUAGUCAACUUAAACAUCCCAAUAAGAGAAGUACCUGUUGGAAAACUCAUAGAACUUGAAAGCAAGAGAGACCAAUGUGUUUCCAACCAGUCAACAUAUUCUAUACCAAAAGAAAUAUGGUUUUUAGUUGACCACAUUUAUCUACAUGGCUUAAAAGAGCCCAAUCUGUUUGAACAGCCAGGUUUACAUUCAGAAGUGUUGCAGAUAAGAGACUGGUUGGAUAGUGGGUCCAUAGAUCCUAUACCAGGAAGUAUACAUUCAGUUGCUGAAGCACUUCUCUUAUUAUUAGAGAGUACAGCAGAUCCAAUUAUCCCCUAUAAUCUCCAGUCUGUGUGUCUCAGAGCAUCUGCAAACUAUUUACAAUGUAAGCAGAUUAUAAUGGAAUUGCCAGAGUUUAGAAAAAAUGUCUUCCUAUAUUUAUGUGAGUUUUUACAAGAGGCUUUACAGCAUAGCGCCGAAAAUGGAUUAGAUUCGAAAACGUUAUCGACUCUUUUUGGUGCAAUAUUUCUAAGAGAUAAUCCUAACUUGAUGCAAGAGCCGCAAUCUCGGAUAAACAAACAAGUUAUAGAUAAAAAGAAAGCUCAGUUUGUUUACCACUUCCUUAUAAAUGAUCACAGCGACUUAAUAUUUUCCAGAUAGUUAUAUUGAUAUUGUAAAUAUUUAUUUUAGUUAUUGAAAUACUCACAACAUUCUUCAUUAAUGACUUUAGUUUUAUUUAUUUCUAGUUAUAGCUUUUAAAUGUCGACAAAUUAAUAUCUUACAAUUGACAAUUUUCUAUGUGUGAUGGAUGUAUAGCAAAGGGGCAUUUAUAGAAGUUUAGACUUUUCUCAUGAUUCAUUGCUUUAUUUGUAAUUAAUAUCAUACCUAUAGCAUUGUUUAGUUAUUAUUAUAAUUACAACGAAUAGUUAUACCAAGUGGCCAAUCAAAAGUUUUAAGAAUAGUGUUUAUUUAAUCUUAAUAUAUCCAUGAAACCAUAUUAUAUAUAAAAGAAAAUACCUAUGUAUUUAAAUAUUAUUUUUUAUUUAUGACAAAAUUUUGAUAUUAUUUAUCAAACUACUACUAAUAAUACCUUUUAUAUGUAACUGACACAUGUAUAAUAGUGUCAAGAAGUUAUUGCUACUAAAUGACCGUAAAAGUAGGUAUGAUGUAGAUGGUGUUAGUAGAAUAUGUGAUCAUACAGAAAUAGUUCAAAACAUGUUAGUUCAUUGUGUAUUUGAUAAUUAUUUUAUUAACUUAUUAUAUAUAUUCAUUUUUAAUCUACAUUGUUGUCUUUAUUCAAUAUAUAUUUCAUCUGUCGUAAUAAUUCCACCAAAUUCAUUUCCAAUUAUGUGCUUAAAACUAAACACAAUAUAUAAAUGAAAAUGUGUUAGAAAAAUAUAAAAAAAUAUUCAUUAUAUUUUACAAUCAUUCAUAAAAGUUAUUGCUGCUAAUUGAAUAUUACCAAUAUAAAAUUGUAUAUCAAUAAUAAAAUAGG